AUUUGCUCUUUUCGGCUUCGCCGCUUCGUUCGGUUCAAUCAUUGCAGUGAUGUCAGCGUCAGUUUGAAAGAGGUCCGAAUUUUGACUAUGGACACCAGCAAAACGAGCAGCAUCAAAUCUCUUCUGCUUCAAGCUUGGAGGGAACGUUGGACAGACGUUAGAUGGGGAAUCAACAUCAAAAACGUUCUUCCCCGCGGUGUUAGUGGUGAUGUGUAUGAUCUCGCCGAUUGCAUUCUGCAAGAAGCUUUGGUUGGUCCCGGACCCAAUAACCUGUUCCUGUCCUACCUUACGCACUGCUUGAGUUCUCAGGUUGUGUCCUACGGAGCUGUGCUUUCGAGUAUCGGACGAUUUCAGUCUUUUUAUAAGCCACCCUGUAUUCUCAGUUUGCUGCAACUUCUCAACGGCAUUCAGUCAAAGAUAUCCUGUCACGGCAACGAAGAAGAAUGCAUCGCGUUAUGUAAAGCGAUCGUCAGCGUAACCCAUUGGCUGUACAUGUGCAUGUGUCAUUCUAUCUGCAAGAUCGUAGAACUUAAACAGAGCACGGAACAUGGACAGAUGCUGGAAAAAGCUUGCGAGUCUCUCUGCUUUUUAAGUGAGUCAACCUUCCUAAAGUCCCUUCUGUAUAUCGGAAAACACGAAGAUUCGAAUAUUUAUUCCCAGCUUGUUCAGAAACAGCAAGAACUGGUUCAGAAACAGCAAGAACUCGAGUCCAAGCUGAGCCAAGGUUAUUGCAUCUCGAAAGAAAACCUCGAAUGCGCGCUGAACCUGGUUCGUCUGGUAGACGACAUGCCCAAGAUAUCGUUGGUGUCUUGCGUCAGUGGACCCAUUCCGAAGCAGCCGCUCGUCUGCAGCUUAAAUGCCAAUGUUGCCAUCGAAGCUGUGCUCAAUCCGGCUAGCGAUAUUCAAGCCAGUGUGGGCCACCUUCUCCUGUUGAAGAAGCUGCUCAACCUAUCUUCCGCUGAAUUGUAUUGCGAAAUUAUCCGAGCCUGUUUCAUGGGUCUGGCCAACAGCAGCAACGAGGACCUCAAGUGGCCGGCAUUCACGUUCCUCAAAGUCCCGCAGCUCCUGCUGAAGAUUCACAGCAAGCGAAAGGACGAUCAACAAUGGGAAGAAGAGCUGGAAGAGGGUUUGCGCCAGUUGCUCAACUACACACCGUUGUUGGACCUUACGGAUUCAAAGUGUCACUGCGACUGUCUUCAGUAUCUUUUGAACGAGCUGCAGAAAGUGGAACUCCUUUCGGAAGCAAAAGCAAAGGCGUUGAUGCUCCAGCGGCAGGCAAAUACGAUGAAAGCCAAUCUUCCGCGACAGGACCAUCAAACGGCGACGCAGGCGGGCGCCACGUUGAUACUCCGAGCCGAGCCAACCGUCACCAGCAUCCUCAAGACGCUGGACUCUGACUACUCGAAAAAUCAAGACGGACUCCUCGGAAUCCUCUGCCACAUGAUAACGGGGAAGAGCUUUGAGCUCAUACUCUCCGCUGCGGCAGCGACGGGGAAGCUCAACAGUUUUGUGAAGAAGUUGAUAAAGUUCAACGAGUACAACAAACAGAUCAGCGGAGAGGCGACGAUGAAUGGGCAGACGCGGGCGUUGCUCUUUGACAUCACGUUUUUGAUGCUGUGCCACAUCGUUCAGCAUUACGGAAUCGAUUCCAUGAUGUUCAGCGAAGAAACGAAGGACUCCUUUUUCACAAACUGGGUUCCAGAGUGUCUCGCGGAAGGCGGACGGUACAACUGCCCGGAAAAGAUGCUCGCAGGUUGCGACUCGAGCAAGGUGGAUCUUUUGCUCGCUCAGUUCCUGAGCAACGAUCCCGACUUUAAAAUGAGUCAAGUCAAAUGGCACGAAGUUUGCAUCAACGUUCCGAUGGCGAUUAAAGAGAUAUUGGUCGCGUGGGAGCAUGGAGCUAUCUCGACAGACAACGUUAAAAUGAUCCUGGAUAAGGUGAAGAGUCGAAUGUGUUGUCUCUCCGUCUGCGUAUCGGCUUGGUUGUGCAGCUACAUCAACGUUCUUCACCACGAGGAGCGGUUGAAGCCAAUGAACAUGCUCCAGCAGUUCAUGACGCCCCUGCUUCUCGACGCGUCAGCAGAGUCUACGGGCGAACGGCAAGAGCAGAAUCUCUCCUACAAAGAGCGGUCUUCGUUGAUGACAAACAUAAUCAAGAAGAUGAUGUACGACCUUCUUCCGCAUCAGCAGUCAAAGACAAAGGGUUCCCUUGUCAUCUCCCACAGACUGACGACAAGGACCCCGCUGUGGGAGGAGAUGGACUCUGUCUUCUCCGUCGCUCACGAACACGGAUGGAUUGACCUUCGCACCAUACAAUCUCUGGACACCCUGAUGUGUGUCGGCGGGCCACAUUGGUUUAGUGAUACGUUGGUCCGGCAGGCCCUUCGGUACGAGCACCUCGAAGACCUGCACAGAGCCAUCGACCUCGCAUUCGGACUUUUCCACAUCGACGUUGAGCAGUGCGCACUUGCACUUUUGACGCAGGUUCUUCCAAACUACCUCCUAUGGGAAACACGACAGGACAGCUUGACGGAGCCACGUGGGUCAGCUCUUGCCAGACUGGUCGUCUUGACAACGUUUGCAGCUCUGCAGGCUCGUAGCAGCUCCAGUGGAACACAACGGGGAGGACACAAGAGACCCCACUGGGACUUGGAACUGGAAGAAGCUAUGGAUGAAUCUCAGCGGAUGAGACCGACAAAGAUGCGUAGGGGGCUAAACGACUCGGAACUCCUCGACGACACUCCGUUUGCGCUGCAGUGUCACUCGGAAGAAAACUACGGAUCACUGGACCCCCUGAGCAAAGCCAUCACAGACUUGAUGAGGUUGUUGGCAGCCGUCGCGUCCGAUUCGUUGAUAAGCCAGCGGACCAUGUUUCCGUUGUUCCUCUUGGAACAGGUGGUUCUGUGCGCGAGGGACAAGGCACACAGGAUGCUACAGUUUGCGCCGUUGGGACUCGUCCCGCAGCUCGUGCGGAGUAUGCCGCUGUUGAUAUCGCAUAAUUUGGUUCUUGCAUUGAGCAGCUUGCAGACGUCACGCGCGAGGAAGGUGGCAGCACGGGCAACGUGUCAGUUGCAGAUUGCAAGGUCGCAGCGGAACUAUAUGGCUUGAAGGGCGCAGCUUUGCUUGGGGACGAAAGGAACGAGUUACUCCUUUCGUCCCCAAAGGGGAUAUCUUUUGGGGACGAAAGGAACAAGUUACUCCUUUUAUCCCCAAAGGGGAUGUCCUUUGGGGACAAAAUGAACAAGUUACUCCUUUCAUUCCCAAAAGGCAACGUCCUUUCUUCCUCGGGAUCUCAGAUGUGAUAAUUUCAUCUCUUUUUUUUUUUUCCAGAAGAGGCGCUUGCAAAUCAUGCGUAAAUCUUAUUACAUUGUAGCUCUAGCUCACUUCUACUUUCGCUUUGUCUGAAACACACUUGUUGUUAUGUUGUGGAGAAGGUGAAUUUAUUAUCGAUAUAAUAUUGUUCGUAUUGCCUGUAAAUGUACUGUGCUGACAUGAGAGCAGGUCAAUCGUGUUCCCAGUUUAUUUUCUUUUUAUUUGGUACGUGUUGACGGUAUGGUUAGACACAGGUCCACGCACAACUUCCUCAAGAAAUGGACUGAAUCUGUUGAUUGCUGUUGUUCAAACAAAUAUUCAGAAAUGACUACACAGUUGCUAUGCAAAGCAAGAGCAAAAAUAUGUACUUUUGGAAUAUGUAAGAAUAGCUUUCAGUUUAUUCCUGUUUGCUGGCUUUUUUUUCUCUCUCGUCAUACAGCACCUCUGCAUUCCUUACAUGUUCGUAAAGGACAGUAAUGAUGUUUUGUGAAAAACUGUUUUAUAGUUUCGCUUCUUCAAUUAUUCACCCCACAUACACUCAAGGACUUUCCCAGAACAACCCACAUUCCACUCAUGGUCUUGCAACACCGCCACUAAAUUUUCUGAUAUUAUUAAUGUUAAUAGCAGCAAAUGUUGCGGGGGUGUUCUAAAAUAUUGUAUGAUGAUGCUGUUUAAUAGCCGGUUGAGAAGGAGGUCACCCCAGAACUGAGCGAAGCAAACUUCUACCUGGCACAGAGAAGCCCUUCCCUCUAGAAACACUGUCUACUCAAGAUUGCCACAAUAAUAGCCGAGGGAAAUAAAAUUAUGUGUAGAAUUUA